AUGUCUGGUAGGUGUGCAGCUUGCAAGAAUCAAAGAAGAAGAUGCCCUUCAGAUUGCAUUUUCUCUCCAUAUUUUCCUGCCAAUGAUCCUGAAAGAUUUGCUCGUGUUCACAGAAUCUAUGGUGGCAGCAAUGUUGGAAAAAUGCUUCAGCAAAUACCAUCAUACUUACGGGAACAAGCUGCAAAUUCUUUGUAUUUUGAAGCACAAUGUAGGAUUCAAGACCCUGUUUAUGGAUGUGCUGGGAUUAUCUCUAAAUUAUAUGAACAAAUCAACAGUACAGAAAUUGCACUUGCCCAUGUCCAAACUCAAAUUGCUUGUCAAAAGCUUCAAGUCCCACAGGCAAAAGCUGAAUCAAACUUCAAUGUCUUUCCAGCACAAAACAGUAGCACAGCAGAAUUUCAAUGGGAAAGUCAAGUUCCUUGGUUUAAUUAAAACUACCAUUUCCAAUUGAUACAAAGCAUUUGAUUUAUAUUUACUAUGAUAUC